AUUACUACAGUUGCAAUGAAAAAUUAUAAAUAAUACAAUUGUCAGAAACCAUUAAGAAAAUUGAGGCAUUUCGCCCUCUUAAAAUGUCAUAAGCUUCAAAGGCUUCAAAUCACUUAUUUGUGUGCAUGCAAUAAAUUCACAAGGAAAAUUGUGAGCAGGCAGAGAAAAGAGAAAUCCAUCCACUGUAUUUCAGUACGUUUUCAUUGUAAAUAAAGUACAAUUUCAACAUACAUUGCCUAAAAUUAGGUAUAUUUUAACAAUGGCCCCAGCGUUUUGGCUUGAUUUUGGGGAAAUAAGGUUCUCAACAUGUCUUGAAAACUACAAGAAAUUGACCUGGACCCCAAUUUUAAUAUAACUCGUUAUUUUCUAGAAUUAAACUAAAUAAGAUUUAAACUAUAUAUGGUCCAACUAGUUAUUAGAGACGAGUAAUAUAAUCCAUCCAUCCAUUUUCUGUACCGCUUAUCCUACACAGGAUGGUGUGGAGCCUGGAGCCUAUCCCAGGGGGCUCAGGGCACAAGGUGGAUAACACCCUGGACAAGGUGCCAACCCAUCACGAGGCACAAUCGUACACCCUUUCAUACACUACGGACACUUUGGACAUGCCAAUCAGCCUACCAUGCAUGUCUUUGGAUCGGGGGAGGAAACCGGAGUACCCAGAGGAAACUCCCGCAUUACAGGGAGAACAUGGAAACUCCAGAGGUUUGAGGCAAACGUGCUAAUCACUAAGUCACCGUGCACCCCCCUGUCAGUCACAUGUUCCAAUAUUUUUGACCACUUGAAUAAUAGGUGGGUUCAAACAAACGGUGUCUGGAUUUUGUUUCUUAAAUGUUCCAUUAAAAUUAUGAGACUAAUAUUGCUAACAUGUAAAGGAAGAUACCACGCCUCGUAGCUCCAGUACAAACUUAAUGAACGCCAUGUCUGAUUAACUGACUAUAUUCAAGGUAAAAGAAACAUUGAGUCAUUUUUGUAUUUAGCGAUUACUUUAAUCUAAUGACUCAUAAUUAUUGCUAUGACAUAAUUCUGAAAUGUCUGCAACUUUUUAUCUAGAAGCUGAGCUUCGUGUUCUUUUAUCAUAUUAGCAUCUUACAAAUCCAAGUCAACCCCAGGGACAUAAAUCUGAACUGAGAAUCAGUGGAAAAAACCUUGGAUAUAUGGUUGUAAACGCAAAGAAGCAAAGAACAAAGCCAAUUAAACAUGAAUAAGAAAUACCGUUACAGACUGAAUAACAAGACAUUCCAGCGGUAUCUUAGGUUUUACCAUGGAGGCUGUUAUAUAAGGAAUUUUGUUUCUGGAAUGUGUUCUCAUGUCAUUCUGAUCUGCCCCUCACACACACACACACACACACACACACACACACACACACACACACAUGAACACAAAGAAGAAGCAUUAUGCACUGCUUGGAGAUUACAAAUAGUGGACCUGCUUUAAGGGAUAAACUCAAGGGAUAAAGCCCUUUCUGAAACCUUCCCAUUCUGAGGCAGAAAGUGGACACGCACAGGAGGGCAGACAGGACUUUUAAUAAAAACAGAGCAGUUGUUUGAAACCUGCAUCAUUCAGGACCCCUCAUGGACAUGGAGCUUAUAUACGAAUAUAUCGGUAAGGAUCACCUGGUCUCGUACACUGUUGGUGCCUUUGUGCUGUUGUGGGCUUUGAUAUGGCUGUACCGUGACAGUCUAGAAAUCGACAAAAUCAAAGAGAAGUACGUGUUCGUCACCGGCUGUGAUUCAGGUUUUGGGAACCUGCUAUGUAAACAACUGGACAAACGUGGUUUCCGUGUGUUGGCCGGGUGCUUGACAGAAAAAGGAGCAGAUGAUCUGAAGAGAGUGACGGGAUCUUACCUGAAGACCUGCAUACUGGAUGUUACUAGCACAGUUAGCAUUCAGAACGCUGUGGAAUGGACAAAAAAGGAGGUUGGAGACAGAGGAUUGUGGGGGAUCGUGAACAAUGCAGGACGCGCAUUACCCAUGGGUCCUUCUGAGUGGAUGCAGAUUGAAGAUUUCCAGAGCACUCUAAGGGUCAACAUGACUGGUGUGAUCGAGACGACCAUAAAUUUCCUGCCACUUGUCAAGAAAGCCCGUGGACGAAUUGUUAAUGUGGCGUCAGUGCUGGGAAGAGUGGCAGCGAACGGAGGUGGAUACUGCAUUUCCAAGUUUGCAGUGGAAUCCUUUUCGGAUUGCCUCAGGAGGGACGUUCAACAUUUUGGAAUCAAAGUGUGUAUAAUAGAACCAGGGUUCUUCAAGACCCAGGUGACAAGCCUGGAACCACUCGAACGGGAACUUCAUCGCCUGUGGAACCAGCUGACGCCUGACGUGAAAGAAAGUUACGGAGAGAAAUAUCUGGAUAAGUACAUUAAUGUACAGAGGUUGAUUAUGAAUACUAUUUGUGAUGCUGAUUUGAGUAAAGUGACCAACUGCAUGGAGCACGCUCUGUCUGCUGCUCAUCCAAGGACCCGAUACAGUGCUGGAUGGGACGCCAAACUCCUCUGGAUCCCUCUCUCUUACAUGCCAGCUUGUGUUGUUGACAUUGCACUAAGACUGGUGUUGCCUCGGCCUGUUAAAAGUGUUUUAUAGAUCCAAACUUAAGUUGAAAUUUAUCAUACCCAGUGUUCCCUAGCUAAUUUAGACAGGAGAUGAAAGUAGUCUACUCAAAAGAACGAUUUAUUUACACUGUGUUUAAAUGAUACAAAGUGACUAAUCUUGCCUGUGAAUAUUUUUGCCUUAUUUGAUGAAGCUGAGAAAUUGCUAUGCUAUAGGAGACAUCCCUUCAAAAUUGCCUUAGCAGCCAGUAAACCAAAAAUGUCUGACCAAAUUUCUUGUUUAUAACCACCCUGUGCCUUUUUCUCAGUAUACUUUUACUGGCUGAACAACAACAAUAUUUAAUCAAAGCAUAAUACAAGUUUUUAGAAACACUAAAGCUGUGAAUAAAACCAUACUUUAAUACAACUAAGUAAUGUUUAUGUUAAUGAAGUUACUAAUAUCUAUACUAAUGUAUAAAUGUAAAUCACAAUCGAAUGAAACAAUCUUAUCAACACUUCAAAAGGUAAAAUUGUCAGCAAACAACUAAUCAUUCAACAGUGUGUAUGCCAUUUUCAUUGAAAAUGAUUCAUCUUGAUAUACAAUAUAUAAUAUUUUUUGUCAGACUCCUCUUAAAUUCAUCUUGCAUCCAUUACCUAAAUGCACAUAUUAAACAACCUUUUCAGAACCUUGUAACAUAGCAAAUGGUUUAAGUUUUCUAGGUGUUUAUGAUUGGUGGACUAUUGUAAAUAAUGUAUGAACAAUAAUCUGAGAAAUUUAUAAGGUAUAAUUCUGCCAAAAAUUUAAUUUACCAUUUAGCCCAA